UACUCCUCCUCUCUACCGCAAGUUUCAAGUACCUACAGCACUCACAACCAUGGCCGACAAGAAAGUCACCCCCCGUGUCUUCAUCAUCCGCCACGGCGAAACCGAAUGGUCGCUCAAUGGCCGACACACCGGCACCUCGGACAUCCCCCUCACCUCGAACGGCGAGAAACGCAUCCGCGCAACCGGCAACGCCCUCGUCGGCGACGACCGCCUCAUCGUGCCCAGAAACCUCGCUCACAUCUACGUCUCCCCCCGCACGCGCUCGCAACGAACACUCGAGCUCCUGAACCUCGGCUGCAAAGACCCAAUGCCAUGGAAAAAAGACGCCGAACAUGAAGAUGGAAAUAUAAAGACGUCGGCCAAAGCGCAAGUCACGGAAUCAGUGAGAGAAUGGGAUUAUGGCGAUUAUGAGGGUUUGACUUCCAAGUAUAUUGGUGAACAACGUCAACAGGCUGGUUUGCACAAGUGGGAUAUUUGGAAGGAUGGAUGUCCUGGUGGUGAAAGUCCUGAUCAGAUUACCGAACGCUUGGAUGCUGUUAUUGCGGAGAUCAGGGAGAAGUAUCAUAAAGAUGCUAUUGGGAAGACUUGUAAAGAGGCAGGGCCGCAUGAUGUGUUGAUUGUGGCACAUGGACAUAUCUUGAGAGCGUUUGCGGCCAGGUGGAUUAACAAGAAUAUCGCGGAUAACCCUAGUAUGCUGCUUGAUGCUGGCGGUGUGGGUACUUUGAGUUAUGAACAUCACAGUAUCGACGAGCCGGCUAUCCUGCUGGGAGGCGGUUUCAUGGUGGACGUGGUGGAAAAUGCCGAAGAAGACGUCAAGAAGAACUAAAGACGGGCUAUCCUUGUGUUCGCCCCCAGUUCCGUACAUAAUUUCUAGAUCAGUCUUUGGUUGACACCUCGUCAGCGUAACACAUUUUGGUCAACAAGCUCC